AUGUCUUUAAAAGAUGAAAGCGGCUGUGGAGAAUUUAAAGGAGAGAGUAAGUUGGUGGCUCUUAGUCAAUGUAACAACGAUAUUACGGCUCAUUUGAGGCGAUGUCACUUAACGAAAGAAAAUAUUACGGAGAGCGAACUUAUUUUGCAGCGGGCUGGGUAUUUUGAUAAAAACGCCCAACAAGUUGAAAAAAUGUUUCUAUGCCCGAGACACCGUGCGAACCUAGGGAAGGAUUGGGGUAAUCCGACUGGCUGCACAGCAUGCCGAUAUCCAGACCACAAGGGAAAGCAGACAAAAAGUGACAGAGUGGUGACUGUAAAGAUCGCGCGAGAAGUGAUGGAAGGUUUUGGCGUUGCUGUUCCUGUUGGAUCACGUGAGUAUUGGCUGCACCUUUUGUAACUGUGCAUAUUUUGUUUAUUCCGCCCUUUUUGUGUCUUCUCUGACACAAGCACUAGGAGAAUACGGUUUUUUCUACACUGUAUAUUGUUGACAUUUAGCUGGGACGAAUGCAUUAUAUUUUUUCCCCCUUUUUCAUAGUGAAAUGAUAAAAUCAAAACUUGUCCUAAUUUAAUUAACCAACUUCUUCAAUUCACUCGCUUUCGUUUUUCAGUGUACUUUUACUUGUGUUAGUUGGAAGCAAGCUGGAAACAAACAAAUAAAUGGAUUGGAGGUCUUUAUGAUAAAAUUGUGGGAAAACAUUUUCAACUGUAAAAAGGAAAAAAACGAAGAAGUUGUAAGUUGCCCUGAAUGAGCACGGAACAGAGACUACCAAAUAAAGAAAUCAAGAAAAUCACUGAGUCCAUUUUAAUUUUUUUGUGACGAUCCAGCCAACAAUUUAAAAUUAUCUAACAAAUAAAAAACAAAUUAAAAUUUGUUUUCAUAUUAAUGCCACAAGACUUCUAACAUUUUGGGAAAUUUUACAUAUUCGGGAAAAAAAUUGGCGGCAAAAUGCAGUAACGGGGAGCCCCAGCUGAGAGUAAAUCCUGACUCCUGAUCGCCGAAUUCGGGAUUCAUCUCGAAAUCCUAUCCUCUUUUUAAUCUAUUCAUUUUCUUCCUUUUUCACCCUUUGCCGCACUGUGCGUUUUUAGUUGUUCAAUCAAUCAACGAAAACCAUUACUAAGUAAAUAAACAGGAAAAUGUUAAAAUAUAUGUAUAAAAAUAAGUCUAACUGCCCCUUUUCCGGCCCGAGUCUGUGUUUUACUGACACCCCUGGGUUUCAUUCUCCCUUUUUUUUUUCCUCAUCAAUUUUCCCCCGCCCUAUACUAUCUGAGUGCCUGGGACAGGCUAGGGCUUCAGAGAUAAGGUUUUUACCUACGCAUCUUCCCCUCCUUCGCAGGUCCGCCUGUAUGUUAAAUAGAUCCCCAAAAAACGUCAUGAUCUUAUCCAACACGCUUCUGUUUCAGCCUUGUACAAUAGCUGCCGAAAGAGACACAAGGACAGAGUGAAGAACGAAUGGAAAUGGUUGAAUGUGAGGGAGGUUGAAACACCUAAAGAAUUCUCGAGGUACACCCCAAACUUGAUGUUUGACAUUGCGAUUUUUUUCUCAAUUGAGCGGUUGUGAUGAUUCCGUCAAGAAAUGAAAUGUUUUCAAAACCGACAAUUUUUAGUUUUUCCCAGAUGAACUCGUGAAAGUCGGAAUUGCCAAGGCGAAUAUUACUGUACACAAGACAACGAGUAUAUUGUACCAGGGCCUCAGCGGCAAUUACAUCAAAGUACACUUAACUUCCUGAACAUUACUUAAGACUCAAACCAUAAAAACGAGAUAGCAUAGAAGUUCUUUUCGGGGACAAAUGAAUUAAAGUUUUCAUGGGGAAAGUUUUCGUCAGUUUCAUUGUUCUUUUGUGAACUAUUCCAGGAAGUCCAAACAAGAUGCUUACUCGGCAAUGAGAUCUUGGACGCCAGGCACUCCAGCAGCAGGCGUCAGCUCGACAGAUACCUCAUGGACACCCAGCCAGUGGCCCGGAGAUGAAUCCGAUACUUCAGCUGACGAAUCGGCGACUGACCCACUCAAGGUGUACAAUGACGCCAUGUCACAGAUUGCAUCGUUGACUGAUAUGAAAACAGUCGAACAACUUACUUUCAGGCUUGCAACGGACUGGGAAAGUGCGACCGCAAAUGAAAAAGCGUUGUGCGAAGAAAGGGUUGAUGAAGCUUGUCAAGCUGUAUGCAAGGUUAUUGCCCCUAACGCCAGUGAAGAACUAUUAGAGGCAUACAAAAACUCGCCGACAAAAGCGCUCUGA